GAAUGUCUUAGAGAUUUAAACAUUUAAUCACGGUCACUGCCAAUGGGAUCAAUUGACUCCCUCCAAGACUAUUCAUAAUAAUGUGGGUCUUUGUUAAAGACACCCUUCUUUCUCAAGUGUUUCAGCACAACCUCUCUUCAUCCCUCCCAUCAUUUGCUUCUGACAACAUACUGUAUGAGUAAGGGGAGUGGACUGUCUGAGAGAUAUUCACAGCAGACUAAACUUUCUUGAAGUCUGUCCUCAUAGAGGAUCAUUAUUACCUCUAUAACGACGUCUUGAUGGAUCACAUAUCAUAUUUUUUUUUAUAAAGGACACGGUUUGAUUAGGAUAUUCUCACUUUCGUCUCAGCGGUUUAAAGUGUGGAUAGGUCGACAUACGGAUCAUGCCAUCCCAGAAUACUCUGUUAACGUGCUCUGAAAGCUCUUCUAACCUGGAUCCUCUAAAAACCCUCUGAAGCUAUCGGCCUCCAUCUCUCAAAGGAAAUCUGCUCAUCCUGGGACUCAAGACAAAUGGACAUCUCUGGUUCAACUUCCCUUUCCUCCUCCCCUUCUCCUUCCAUCACGUUUCCUGUUCUCCAUAAUCUCUCAGUUCCCUCUUCAUCUCCCUCUCUAUCUCCAUCCCCAAGUGUAGCAUCCACUGCUCUCUUCUGCCUUUUCCUAUCCCUCCUGUCCCUGCUGGGAAUUCUGGGAAACCUGUACACUCUAUGGCUCCUCAUUCGCCGUCGCAGGAUGUCGAGAAGGCGGCAUACAGCUCCAUGUUGUUACACCCUCGUGCCUCAGCCCCUCUCCCCUUCUUUUUCUCCUUCCUCCUCUCCCACCUCGUCCUCCUCCUCUUCCUCCCUGCACUUGCAGGUUCUGAGUCUAGCUUUAGCGGACUUGGUGUACCUCUCCACUGCCCCCUUUAUUGUGUAUGACAGCCUGGCGUCCGACUGGGCCUUUGGUGAACUAGGCUGUCGGCUCCUGCUCAGUUUGGACCUGCUCACCAUGCACGCGAGCAUCUUCACCCUCACGGCCAUGAGUCUGGACCGGUAUCGCGCAGUGGCAGAUCCGUUGCAAGCCUCCUCCACGCCUUCUUCCGGACUGCUGAGAGUAGCUUUGGCCUGGGGCUUUGCCGUGGCUCUCAGUUUGCCCAUGAUGAUCACCUUGCACCUUGAAGAUGGAGAGAACCAAGAGGGAAAACUGUGCGUGCCUGCCUGGGAUGAGCAGAGCUCCAAAGCUUACCUCAGUGUGCUGUUCUGCACCAGCAUCCUAGGUCCAGGACUGGCCAUCGGAGCUUUGUAUGCGGCCUUGGGAAGACUGUAUUGGGUGUCCCAGACUCAGCCGGCUUGGGCAGGGGGUGGUAAUGCCUACCCGCCUCGUGCACCUCGCCCCAAAGUCCUGCUCCUCAUCUUGGGCAUUGUAAUAACGUUCUGGGCCUGCUUUCUUCCAUUUUGGAUCUGGCAGCUUCUUCCACUAUACCGUCCGGAUGUGCUGCGUUCGGUGCCAGUGGGCACGCAGGUGACUGUUAAUCGUAUCCUAACAGGGUUGACUUACGGAAACUCAUGUGUGAAUCCGUUCUUCUAUACACUGCUGACGGGCAAACGCAGACGGACGAGCAGGAAGACCAUAAGUGCAGCUGCCCCACUUUGCCAUAAGGGCAGCUCGGAUCCGCAAUAACAAUUGUUUUGUCCACCAACAGCCCAUGAACAAUGUGACUGUGCAUAGACAUCUUUAUUACUUAUUAGCUUGGUGCUAAAGGUUUAACGUUUAUAGCUUUAUACAUGUAUAUAUAGCAAUACUGUCUAAUCCAAAAUCUGUCUAAUCGUAUAAUACAUACAGUAUUAAAUGACAGAUUGGAUAUAAUUUAGCAAUAUUUACUAUAACAGCCCCUGCAAACUAAAAUAAAAAGACAUUCUAAGUGAAAAAUGCUUAUUUAUGAAAUGUAUAACUUUUGACAUGGAUAUCAAAAUCUCAAACCUGGCUUUAAAAUUAUUGGACUACGAUGUGUGAAACAUCUGUUUUCCUGGUCAAAAACGGGAACUUGAAAGGGACAAAACAAGCCCUGCCAGCAUUUAUGAAUUGCCCCAGGAUAUUCAAACAGCAGGUGUGAAGCAUUUAACUACCAAAUUGGUUUAUUAGUCUAAGUGCAAAGAAGAAAUUACAUAGUAUAGAUUUGGCUCAAAGCUAAAGGACGUGUCAGAGUUUGCUCUGCUGAAGAGGAUAAAUCACUUCUGUCACCAAGCCAGGAAAAACAAUCUCCCGUUCUCCAAUAGGACAUUACGCUUUGCAUAAUGUACUUUAUCAGACUCGACUAAAACAAUCUUUUGCUGCAAUCCUGACAUCUUUGCAUAUGGCACCUUAUAUUAAUUAUUUGCCUUUUGUUAUUAUACUCUGAUGCCUGAUUCUAUGUUUUUUAUUGAAUAGAAAUCUGAAAAAAAGAAAUCCGAACCACUCCCUAAAAUGUUUUUUCACAAAUAAUGAGUUUUUAACACAUUCACUCUGAAGCAUAAUGUGCAUAAAAAUCUACACUGCAAAAAGUUAUGUCAACUUAUCACAGGUCAAAACUUAAAAUUUUAGGUUGAAUUGACUAACUAUUGUCAAACUAAGUUGUUUUAACUAUGUAGCAUUUUUUUUACAGUAAAAAGAGGUACAAAAGCUGUCACUGGUAAGGUUCCCUUUAAAAAAUGCCCUAAUAUGCAUAAUUUAGAUACAGAUAUAUAUAUUUAUUUGGUACCAAUAUCUUAGAAGUGAUAAUAUGCACUCGUUGGUAUCAAUACUGCUGGGGUACUAAUAUGAACUCUUUAGGUACAAAGGUGUAGUUUUUAUCAGGUACCGCCCCAGUGACAUAUUUUGCACCCUGUUUUUGAGAUUGCAUAUACAUCUUGUCACCUAUCUACUCAUGCUUAUAUAAAACAACAGCAAGGGAAAUAUUUUCAUUUCUAAACAUUAUGUUUAGUUAAAGUUUAUACAGGUAUACAGGAUUUUAAGAAUCAAAAUCAACCUGUCUUGCACCACAACCACAGUAGAUGUUUGUUGUAUCUGUUCUGUUACUGCAUUGCUUUGCACAAGGCUUGGC